AUGCAUUCACCGAAAAUCAUUGAAGAUGUUCGGACCAACAAUAAAGGAGAAGUUAAACUAAAAGAUAUUACAUUAGAAGUAAAAGAAAGAAAACAAAAUGAAAAUAUUAAACAAUUAUCACCACCUCAUACAAAUAGAACUAUUAAUAUUUUUACAAUUAUUAUUCAAUUAACUCAUAGAUUAUUUACAUAUAAUCUUAUACCAUCAAUUCUUUCAUUAUCAUCAAGAACAACAACAUCAGUUGCCAAAAUGGUUUAUUAUUAUAUUAUUCAUUUUAUACUAAUGAUUUUAUUUUUAUUAAUUGCAAUUUAUAAAAAUUUUUUAUUCAUUUAUAGGAAAAUUUGUUUAAAAUAUUUAACAUUAAUUUAUUAUCAUAAUAAAUCACCACAAGUUAUAAGAGAAGAUGUUAAUAAAUUAGAUAAAAUUCCAAAAUCUAUAUCAUGUAUAUUGGAUUUAAAAGAUGCAGAUGAUGAAAAUGGUGGUAAAGAUGGAUUAAUUAAUCAAAUAAGUGAAUUAAGUGCUUGGUGUAUAAGUUCAGGAAUUUCAAAAUUAAUUAUUUAUGAAUAUACUGGUACAUUAAAUCAGAAUAGUGAUUCAUUAUUUGAUUUAAAUAAAUUUAUUAUAAAAAAUUUAAAAACUUAUUUUGGUUCUGAAUCAAUUCCAACUUUUUCAAUAAGAAUUCCUCAUAAAAAUUUAAUUCUAUAUAGUGAUGAAUCAUUAUCAAUUUCGAAUGCUGCUACUUCAGAUGCUGUUAAUGGAACUGCUAUUGAUAAUAAUAAUAAUAAUAAUGUGAAUGGUCGUACAAGUGUUGAUUUGGAAAUUGAUUUAUUAAGUAGAAUUGAUGGGAAACCAACAUUAGUUGAAUUAACUAAAACAAUGAGUGAAUUAGCUCAAAAUAAAGAAUUAUCAGUAAAUGAUAUAACAAUUGAAUUAAUUGAUGAAGAAUUAAUUGAAUUAGUUGGACCCGAACCAGAUUUAUUGAUAAGUUUUGGACCAAGUUUAAAUUUAGAAGAUUAUCCUCCAUGGCAUAUAAGAUUAUCUGAAAUUUAUUGGGAACCAGAAAAUAAAGAUGUAAAUUAUGCUGUUUUCAUUCGUGCUUUAAAGAAAUUUUCAAAUUGUAAAGUAAAUGUCGGUAAGUAA